GUUAGUUCCCUAAGUUGGUUUCCAACUGUCCCUAUGGGGCCACUGAAUACCUAGUGUGUCACGUGAUUGGGGAGGUUUCUUCCCUGUAUUGCUGCCGGAUUAUACAACAACCCUAGUGCGUGCAAUGUCGGAAUGGCGCACGUCUGUGAUCGAGCUGCCAUCGGCGAUGACGAUCGUCGCUGCGAAUUCUGCAGCAAACUAUUCAUACAGAGGAAGAACAUGCUGCAACACAUCAGGAACGUUCACAAAAUGGCCGUGGAUGUCAAGAAAUUGAUGAAAUGCGACGUAUGUGGCACUUCCCUGCCUACAAUGGAGAAGUAUUCGGUGCACCAGAUCGCUGCGCACAACUUCGAGGCUGAUUACGUGCACCUGGUGUUCCGGAACAAUAAGGAAUUUCAUGAAUGGAAAGCAGAAGAAGAGGGUAGCCAAAACUGCUGGUUCAUUUUGCCCAGGGACCCCUAAAAGCUGGCCAGUGGAGAAACAAGGAUCCACUAUUACUGUAAUAGAUCAGGCGAGGCAAGGAAAAAGGAAGGUCAUAGUGACCGUCGGGAGAAAAGUCAGGGGAGCUGUAGGUCUGGUAAGAUAUGUCUUUCAUUUAUUACCGUCACAAUUACCGUCCGACACCUGAAGGCACCACCAUAAAAGUCAGGUAUCAAAGAAACCAUUACGGUCAUAAACCAGAAAUUCAGCACUUGAGAAUGAGUGACAAGGAAAAGGCCAGCGUAGCAGAGAACCUAGAAAGGGGUGUGCCCAUAAAAACCAUUCUAAAGCGAGUAAGAACAUCUGUGGCAUCCAAGCUGAGGCCCGUGCACUUGGCAGAGUGCUCAACCCUGCAUAACAUCAAACAGCAGUUUAACAUUGCUGCUCCUGAACAUUGUCACACUAAUGACGCUAUCAGUGUAGACAUGUGGGUGCUUGUGAUGAAAGAAAAAGGUGAAACACUUGUCCGCCUGUACAAGGCACAAGGUGCAGUGGACCCAAGUGGUACAUUUCCUUCAGCAGAC